UUGGCUAUGUGCUUGCGGGUCCAGUCUUCUCUACCCCUACAGGAUAUUCUGCCACUUUGCUGCAGCCUGCAUCUGAGGUGUAGCAGCUCUUCGCACAGGGCAAAAAUGAGCAGCAGCAGCAACAGGUUAAGUGGCACCGAGACCACCCAUCCAGAUGCUUGGCCCAGAAGCCCAGCUCCUCUGAACAUGAACCACUAUGCCAAUAAGAAGAGUGCAGCUGAGAGUAUGCUGGAUGUGGCCCUGCUGAUGGCCAAUGCCUCCCAGCUAAAAGCUGUCCUGGAGCAGGGGCCAAGCUUCCACUUUUACACCCCCACCAUCACCCUAAUCAGCAUCUCUCUGUGUCUACAGAUCACAGUCGGGGUCCUGCUUAUCUUCAUAGUUCGAUGGAACCUGAAUGAUGAGCAAAAGCACCAGAGGCUGAACUUCAUGGAAAACGUGGCCACAGGUCUGGUGUUCAUCAUCGUGGUGGUCAACGUCUUCAUCACAGCUUUUGGGGUCCAUCGAACUAAUUACAACAACUGACCACGCACACACACACGCGCACACGCACAUACAGGCACAUCUAUGUGUGUGUAUGCUUUAUUUUCACAGUCUUUCAUUGCUCCCCUCUCUCUUUUCAAACAGGUAUUUUCUCUCCUGCCUUACUCUGCAGUUUGCUCCUAAAAACUUUCAUGUCAUCAGCAUGUUUUUGGUCCACUCCUCUUCUGACCGGACCUUCACAAUCACCUACGUGACCUACAAACACAGUGACCUCUCCAGGCUCGCAGAGAAAUUUCCACCAGAAAACAACUCAAACAAAAUACACAGCUGUUCAUUUACCAGAAAAUCAUUGUCCCGCAUGGCUGCAGGCACAGAGAGAAAAUAGCGAACAAGAAAGAAACAGCCGUAGCGACAAAGAGGUCUGGUACGUAAACAACACAACAUUUGUUCUGAAUGGACAAACAGGAAAGUGGAGACAGCAGCAGUCAGGACCAUGUGACCUCUGGCUGUCUGUCUCCUAUGCUGUCCGACAGUAACUCAAAGCACUAGCCAGACAUGGAUUCACAG